UGAGUCUUCAUGACAGCAACAGCUCAGAGGCAAUGUCCACUUGCCAGCUUGACAGCUGGCUGGAGCUAUUUCACCCCUGUUAUGGACAUUUUCUUUUGAUACACCCUUGUUAAAACAAAAAGAAUGGCCGUUUCACAGACUUACAAAGUCCUGUGGGGUGCAGGCAUAGUUUUUAUGAUUUUACCUCAUAUAAAUCUGGGAUUAUUGUCUGACUUCAAGAUCUGCGGUGAUUCUGCGUGUGAAAGUGUAAUGAGCAGAGUGCAGGCCAUCAGGGAUCACCAUGGUAAAGAUUGCCGUUUCCUGAGCUUCAAGCGAGGAGACAUCAUCUUUGUUUACCACAAACUGACCGGAAAGAGGGAAGACCUCUGGGCAGGCAGCAUUGACAAACAGUUUGGUUAUUUCCCAAAGGAUGCAGUGCAGGAGGAGGAGGUUCAUGCAACAAUGGAGAAAGUAGUGGAAACACAGAACUCUGAUUUCUUCUGUAUGGAUGAGUUUGGUUAUGUCAUUGACUCCAGUCAUCUGGACAGUGAUGAUGUUGAUGAUAAUGUUGAUGAGAAAAUCCAAAUCCAGGAGUCAGAAACCACCCAAACCACCCCACACAGUGAUGACACAAAUACUGGAAGACCUUCAACAUCUGAAGAUGUUUCAACAGAACAGGGAGCUGAUGGUACAUCAUCAGAAGAGGACGAAAGCAAAAAAGCCAACGAGGCUGCUGUUGCCGGGACUUACAAGGAAGCACAGGAGGCUCCCAAAGAACAAGGUGGGUCUGCUCACUCUCCUUGGCUCAGUUCUUCAGUGACAGGAUGGUUAGUAGGUACAGAGAAAGAGCCUGGAGAUUUGGCUGAAGGAGAGAAAAAAGAAGAGAGUCAAGAGACACAGGCCAAAGCUUCUUUUGCUUCUUCGGUGACAGGAUGGCUGGGGUUGGGAGGAGAAGGAGAAACUAAUGAUGCUGUGAAAAGUGAAGAAGAAGACGAUUCUUUCACAUCAACCAUGACUGGUUGGCUUGGCUUUGGAGGAGAUAAAAAAACAGAUCAUUCCGCAGAAAAAGAGCCAAACGAAGAAAUAGAAAAUGACAAAGAACAAGAGCCAGUAGAGAAAUUCAGGAGUCGGAGGAUGUCUCUUGACUUAGAAGGCAGCCAAUUACAUGAAGAGGAAAAGGAAGAGAUGGGGACAUUGAGUUGGCUGGGAAAUGGACUGUCAAACACCCUGGGGUUUGGCCAGACCAAUCAGGAGUCAGAGAGUGAGACAAUAACUGAAGGAGAGCCUGAGGACACAAUCCAAGUGAAGGAAGAACAGCCAGCAUCUAGUUCUUGGUUUGAUAUUGGUGUCGGGAACAUUUUAGGCUUUGGGAAAGACAAGAAUGAAGUCGAGGAGGGUGCAGGAAGUGAUUUUAAGGGGAUAGAUGAGGACAAACCCUUAGAACAACCAACAGGCUUAGAGAAUGCGGAUACCAGUCAACCACAACCUGCACUGACAGAAGAGGUACAAACAGAAAGGCAGGUGCAGGAAAUUCUAAAAGGGACAGAGCCUGACAGUAAUAAUAAUAAUAUAGGUACCUCAGACAGUAACAUGGAUAGUGUCCUACCUGAAGAUUCUUCAUCCGAGGCCAAGUUAGAUGAAAAGUCCAAGGCUGUGGGUGAAAUGUCUUUGAGGCUCAAUGACAACAAGAAAGAGAUAAACGUACUAGAUGAGGAAAGAUCUGCAGAAAUGGAGGGUAAAGAUGAUCAAAAUGUAGUCGAGGAUAACAACAGUGAGCCAGGAGAAGACAAAAUGAAAAACGUAAGUGACAUUGAUCAGGAGUUUUUGACGCAAUCUGACAUCAACUUAGCACCUGACUUCAGUUCUGUGGAUUUAAAUCUGAACUCCACGGUGCUAUCUGUAGGUGAGGAGGACGAAACAGAGGAUGGGUUUGAGGAAAGGGACGAGAUCUCAAAUCAGACUGACACAGAGGAAUCCACAGAUGUUGACAUUGGUGGUAGUGAUGAAUCAGCAGAACAAAGUCAAGCCAGAGGUGGUAGCCAAGAGAGCAACGAAGAGAUUCAAGAGAUGCCUUUCUUAUCAUCAGGAACAGCUGAGGAGAGAAAUGAAGGAGUCUCCGAUGAGGAUGACGGUGAAAAAGCCAGUGUUGAUCCCUCAGAUUCACAGGCUAUGUUUGAUAAGACACAUCACGGUGAGUUAGGACAGCAGAGAGAGGGGCACCCUGUUGAAGGCAGCUCUCAGGAGUUUGCAUCAUCCCUUUCUACUAAUAGAAGUAUUGAAAUAGUUUCUGAAAAUGCCUCAGAGGAGGAACGAAGAACAUUUUCAACUGGUGAGAGUGCAGAAGACGAUGCAGAUCAGGACACUGUGUCACCACAUACACAACAAAGUGACAGUGAUGCACACGUGCUAACGGAAACUGUUAAAGAAACUGAGACUGAGGAAGUGGAUGAGUCAACGAAAGAGGAGAAACAGGGGAAGACAGAUGAGUUAACAGAAGCGGAGAAACAGGAGGAGUUAAAGGAGGUGGAGGAGAUAAAUGCAUUUGAAAAGGAGCAGGAAGCCGAGGGGGGAAAGCAGAAGGAGAUAAAGGAAGAGGAGAAGCAGCAGGAAGUGAAGGAGAUACAGGAAGAGGGGAAACAGGAGGUGGAGCAGUUAAAGGAAGAGGAAAAGCAGCAGCAGAUAGAAGAUUCAAAAGAGGAAAAACAGGAGGAGGUGGAAGAGUUAAAGGAAGAGGGGAGAAAGGAGGAAGUGAAAGAAGAAGUGAAAGAAAAAGGGAAAAAACGGGGUGAAGAAAAACAAGUGCAACCAUCUUAUUUUGAGGCAGAGAUAGAAAACAGCCUCCACUCUUCACCUCCCCCUCAGAAAGACAGGCCAGAGUCAGAGUCAGGUGAGGACAGCUUUAAAAGUGUGCUCUCCGAAACAUCCACACAGACUGAAAAGAGAGAGACCGAAAGCCCACAGAUGGAAGAAGAGAAGAGAGAGGAAGAAAACAGAAAGCAGGAAGAGGUGGAAGAGGUAAAGGAAGAGGAGGAGCAGCAGGAAGUGAAGGAGAUACAGAAAGAGGGGAAACGGGAUGAGGUGGAGCAGUUAAAGGAAGAGGAGAAGACACAGGAGGAGAUAGAAGAGUUAAAGGAGGAGGUGUUGGAAGAGUUAAUGCAGAAGAGGCAGCAGGAAGAGGAGGAGAUGGAAGGAGAGGACAACCAAGAAGAGGAAAAGCAGCAGCAGAUAGAAGAGUUAAAAGAGGAAAAACAGAAGGUGGAAGAGUCAAAGGAAGUAGAAGAAGUAAAAGAAAAUGGAAAAAAACAGGGUGACGAAAAGCAAAUACAGGCAGAGAUUGAAAACAGCCUCCACUCUUCACCUCCCCCUCAGAUAGACAGGCCAGAGUCAGAAUCAGGUGAGGACAGCUUAAAAAGUGUGCUCUCUGAAACAUCCACACAGAAUGAAAAGAGAGAGACCGAAAGCCCACAGAUGGAUGAAGAGAAGAGAGAGGAAGAAAACAGAAAACAGGAGGAGGUGGAAGAGGUGAAGGAUGAAGCAAAAGAGGAGGAGAGUGCAAAGACUGAGAUGAGGGACAAAGAAGGAGACGAGAGUCUGAAAUGCUCAAAUGAGCUCUGCCCUCGGGCCAGCGAAGAUGUGAACGACACUGUGAAUAGAUUGAGCUUACUAGAAGAAGAAGAAAUAAAGAAAAGAAAGCAAAAUUCAAUAGCUGGAAAUGAUCAGAUAUCAACAGACGGGACUGGAGUGAGCCAGGCUGAGGGCAUGGAGAAAAAUGAGGGUAGUGCUGAUGAUGCUGAUGCUGAUGAGAGUAAAGCAGAGCAAGGUGAGAAGAAUCUGAAUGUGCAGACAGAAAAAAUCAAACACGCAGACGAUGAUCAGCUGUAUUCAGGUGAGAGCACCCUUCCUGGUCACAUUUUACUCGGACAGACGGCUGAGAACAAAGAUGAUCAACUGAUUUUCAAAGAUUUUCCUGGUGACACCGUGCUCCAUCAGGGAGAUCAAACUCAGCCUGAAGACACCAAAACUAGCAGCAAUGGGAUUUUCACUGAGAGGGAAACAGAGCAACACUCUGAUCAUAAGACAGACACAGAGGAGGUCACUGACAGGGAAGAGAGGGAGAUAAACGUGAAUCAUCGUGAUGUGAGAGUGAAGGAGGAUGCCGAGGAUGAUACAGUUGAAUUCAGGGCUGUGAUGUCCGAACAAGCUCUUCCACAUGUGUCUCAGCAUCCAACUGGUUCUUCACUGCUGUCUGAUGGUCACGGUAAAGGCAUAGCAGAGAGUGAAAGUGGAGGAGCAUUUGGUCUUUUCAAAAACGCCUUUAGCUAUUUCAGCCCAACACCUGCCACAGAAUCUGCCCCUAGUUUGGACUCACCCGAGACACAAGCCUCUCUGACUACUGAUUCAACUCAGGUUCAUGUUCAAGAUUUGCACACAGACACUCCCUUCACUCAAUCACAACAGCAGCAGCAGCAGACAUCAUCACCGUCCCAGACUCAUACCCAAUCUCACCACAGUUCUCUUUCUCCAAACACAGAAAGCCCCCUCCAAUCAAAAACCCUUUCCAGACAUUACAACAACCUCCUUGCCUACAUGAAUGCGGACGAGACGACCAUUCUGAUGGAGCUGUUUGGGCGGCACAAGCUGCAGUUUUUGGAUUAUAUUUUAGGAAGCUCCGGAACCGUGACCGAUGACCCUGAUAAUGAUAAAUCUAUACUGCUGGAUAUCGAAACACUUCUGCAUUAUAAGAUGGAAACACUAGUCACUCCUAGCAUGAGGCUCACAGAGGUGCCACAAGAGGACAAAGAAAAGACCAAGACGCUCAUCGCACUUCAGAAGCUGGAGAUCCUGUUGGCAAGAAUGAGAGAGACUUUCAACACAGGAAAAUCAGACCCAAACCACCAAGCCGAGGGCAGCUGUGUCGGUGAAUCCUGUUCAACACACAGCAAAGAUAAGGAAACGGACACAGAGGAAGAGUCAAGUAGGAUGGGAGACUCCUCUGUAAGAUUGGAUAACAACGUGCCGAGAGAUGAAAGGAUGGGGGUGGAUGAUGAGAAAGACGGACAGCUGGAUGGAGGCACGGGGAAAACAAGAGGAGUGAAGGAAAAAAGAGGCGAAGAAGAAAGAGUCUCUCCUGAUUCCAGUCGUCACGUUCAGCCAGGACCACCACAGACACUGGAAGGGGUGAUGAAGCAAAUCCUGGAUUAUGUUCAUCAGAUCGCUGAAGACUCAUCCACUCAUGUCCACGCAGUGCGGGAGUCCCUCAUAUGGCUGACUGUACAGGUUGUGUCGUCACUGCCUGAUGACAUAAGACCCGGGCCAGACCUGUACGGGGUGCCAUGGGAACCGGUCAUCUUCACCAGCCUGGUGGGGCUGAUGACAAUGCUGUUGUUCACCUGUAGAUGUUACAGCUCUGUCAAAAGCAGAAUGUAUCGAAGUAAAGAGCGGUGGAUGGCUGAACAGGUUGCACAGCUGCUGGAUGAAAAGUGUAAAGUCCUUGAGACUCUUAGCAAAUGUCAACAAGAGCAUGAUGAACUGGAGGACUCACUAAGGGACAGUGGUGUGUUGGCACACACUCAAAAAACAGAACAUCUGGAGGGCAAAGCCAGACAGUUGGAACAUGCUAAAAGGGAGCUGGAGAGGGACCUGGACCAACUGAAGGAUCAACUGGACCAACAGAGAGAACAUAGGACAGAGCAAGAAAGGAGGAUAGCAGUGCUCGAAGAGAACAUGCAAAGGUUUGAAGAAGAAGCCAAAGACCUCCAGUCACAGGAUGAACAGGCACAAACCACUCUGAAAGUGUACAGUAUGAACAGCGACAGGCUGCAGAGGAAUCUGGAAACAGCUGGAGAGGAGAACACACUGCUACAGGAGAGCAAUGCUCAGUUGAGACAGCAGGUGGAGGGAUGGGCGGAAAGAGUGAGUGAGUUGGAGUCGGAGAUGAGCAGGUGUGAGGUCGCCCACAGCAAGAUGUUACAGGAUGUGGCCAAUAAGGACGAACGUAUAACGUCCUUGACGGAUCGGCUGCUGAGGAUGAAAGCUUGGGAUUCAGGUCUGGAGGGAGAAGAAGGUGAGGAAGGAGGAGAGACAUCUAAUGGGACAGCAGGGAGAAGAGAGGAGAAUGGAGGAGGAGACCAACAAGGCCAUCUCCAGAAAGUCCAGAAACUUAUCUAUGCUGCUAAGCUGAAUGCAGACCUCAAAUCAGUAGACGAAGACAAGGACAGAGCAUUUGCCAAACUGAACGAUGAAAUCAAAGCUAAAGAAGACUUGCACGAGAGCAUAAAGGAGCUGGAGAGUGAGAAAUUAUCCCUGCAGACAGACGCUGAGCACUACUCAGAUCAGGUCCAAAGAUUACAACAGAAACUCCACAUUAUGACAGAAAUGUACCAGGAGAAUGAGCUCAAGCUGCACAGGCUGUUGACAGUGGAGGAGAAGGAGCGUCUGCAGAAGGAAGAGAAGUUGAAUAAAGCAGACAGAAACAUUGCAAUGGCUAUGGAAGAACUCAACAACUACAGACAACGAGCAGGGGAGAUGGAGGAAGAGCUGGAGAAAACCAAACAAUCUUACCAGACUCAAAUAUCAGCACACGAGAAGAAGGCUCACAAUAACUGGCUGGCAGCUCGAGCAGCGGAGAGAGAGUUAGCAGACAUCAGGAGAGAGAACGCCCUCUUCAGACAGAAGCUGACAGACACACAGUUCAAACUAGACGCCCUCGACAAAGAUCCCUACGCCUUGGACAGCCUAGCUAGACCACUGCCAUUCAGAGCUGAAAGAUCACCAUACGGUCCUUCUCCUUUGGGUCGACCUGCGUCCGAAACCAGAGCUUUUCUGUCUCCUCCCACAUUAAUGGAUGGACCGCCUGCUAGACUGUCUCCUAGAGUGCCCCGUGGUCCAGUGGAGCCCCCAGGUGGCCAAGGAGAGAUGGAGCGGAGUGGAGGUCCUCAUUCAGACAGUGGCUCAAACUCCCCGACAUGGGAGAGAGAUCGCAGGGGACCCCCACCAGGACCGCCCGGGCCCUUAGGACCGCCCGGCCCCCUUGGACCUCCAGGGUAUAUGUUCCCAGAACCAGGAGGUCCGAUGUACAGGAGACCUCUACCUCCUCCAGGAGCUCUGGGUCUUUUACCUCCUCCUGGCUCCCUCCCACCAGGUCCUCUUCAUCCAAGGGGUCUCCCUCCGGGACCCCCUCACCCUGCAGACAUAGCAGAUGGCCCAUACCGAGAAAACAGCCUUCUGUCUGCUGAACAGGAACACAGAGAGUCUGGUCCUGGUGAUCGAAGGACUCCCCCUGAAGCUGAUCCAAGGAUGGGGGGCGCACCACCUCCUGGACCCCUGAUGUGCCCCAUGGAUGGUCCCUUUCCUCGUAGAGCCCCUUUUGGACUACCACCUCCUGAUUUCUACCCUCCCAGGGGACCUGGGGGCCCUCCCAUGAGGCCUAUGUGGCCCCCUCCACCCCCAGGGAUGAUGUUCCCUCCUCGCUUCCCUCUUGGUGGACCUCCUCUUCCUCACCACGCUCCCCCCAUGCGGCCCCCUAUGUACGACGGCCUUCCACCUCCUCCCAUGGGUUCUCUCCCUCCUCCUCAGCAGCAGUCCCUCCCCUCGCCACCACACAGCCAGUCGCCCGAGGAGCACACACCCUCGCCCGAAGACGCCAUUUGAGCCUGAUUUAUCUCUCGCUGUGAGAUGUUUGACGUAGCUGGAUGGUUGGGCAGCUUGUUGUUUCACAUCCUUAUAUUUUCUACACCUACUUACUAACCAGGAGGAUGUGUUUAAUGAGAAGUGGGGCAACCAUCAGCCUUCAUUGGCCCACUUUGUUGCAGUCUAUAAGCCUCUGCACAGUAUUUCUCCUCUCUCUCUUCUGCUCUUUAACCUUUUUUUCUUUCUGUCUUACUCUCACUCUGCCCCAUCGUCAUCCAGCUACGUUCCCUGUGAAGUAGGUCCUGUUGUUGUGGAAUCACGGGUUCUGUUGUUUAGGCAGCUUAAUCUGUAUCAGUCAGUGUGUGGAGGAUGUUGCUGCAUGAACCAGAAACAGUUGCGCGUUUGCUUGACAAUGCCAGAAAGGUUUUUAAAUGGCACUUAGGUUGAAAUGUGUGCAUGUAGAAAGGCUAUAUGUGUGACAUGUGGCAGUGUAAGGAGUGUUUUUACGUAUGGCAUCAUCGCAUCACAUUGGCACGGAAAGAGAAAUCUAAAUUAUCAUGGACUAUCAGGGAAGAAAUGCGUGGUUUUAGGAUUAAUACAAUAUAUUUUGUCAUACCAACACUCAUGCCAUGGUCACCAUAAUUUUAACUUAGCAUCCGUGUUGUCGUUGACUUGGAUUCCACGAGACUAAAUUCAGAUCACAUCAAGUCUUGUUUUGUCUGGGACUGAACUGAGUUGGUCUUAAACUAAAUAUUCCUCAGAGGUCAAACGAGACGGUUUCUUAAAAGUGCGUAACUAAAUUAGCCGACUUCCCCGUGGGAUUCGUUGAACUUUGCCUUUAUCAACAAAGCUAUUAUUUCAAAGAGCAAUGCUUUUUGAUCAUGUUUUAAUGACUUGCAUAUGACCCAGGCUUGAAAAAAAAAAAGAAAGAAAAGUGGCUUAUAUUAGCUGCUUGUGUUUUGUAGACGUUAGCUGUGAGUCAUCUCUGGCAGUCACAGUGUGGUGAAUUAAAAUGGACCGACUGGAAGAGAGGCUAACUUGAAAGCCAUAAAGAUGACACCCAUGUGAAUUUUGUAAAAAAGUGAUUAUUAAUAGAUGAAUUAAAGACUCAAAUUGUCAA